ACACAUCAUAUCAUUUAAUAGCGGUUUCUGUUUUUUUUUGGGUUUUGCGAGAACUCUACGCAAUUUCAUGAUCCCGAUACAAUCUUAGACACCCAAUGUUCUCCAUCGAUGUUCUUUGGAAAUUGGUUCCUCUAUUCUUGUUCGGAUCAGAUAAAGAUUCUCUCUCAGAAACAGAGUCCAUUUUGCAGAUAGUUCCUGAGACAAUGGCUAACGUACUUUGCAAUGCUAGUGAGUCAGACCUUUGUCGUGAUGAUUCCGCUGCGUUUCUACUGAAGUUAGUAGCCAUUGCUUCGAUUCUGCUAGCUGGAGCUGCAGGUGUAGCUACGCCACUUGUUGGCAGGAACCAACGGUUCCUUCGAACUGAUGGUAAUCUCUUUGUGACUGCUAAAGCCUUUGCUGCUGGUGUGAUCCUCGCCACUGGGUUUGUUCAUAUGUUGGCUGGUGGUACUGAAGCGUUGACCAACCCGUGUUUGCCGGAUUUCCCUUGGUCUAAGUUUCCUUUCCCGGGGUUCUUUGCGAUGAUUGCUGCUUUAGUCACUCUGUUUGUGGAUUUCAUGGGGACGCAGUACUAUGAACGGAAGCAAGAGGGGGAAGCUAGUGAGUCUUCUGUUGAGCAGCCUGGCCGUGAACAAGCGGGUAUUGUUGUUCCUUUGGUUGCGGAAGGAAUGGAUGAUGAGAAAGUAUUUGGAGAAGAAGAUAAUGGUGGGAUUCACAUUGUUGGUAUUCAUGCUCAUGCUGCUCACCAUACACAUAGUCACAAUCAGGGUCAUGGUUCAUGUGACGGUCACAGUAAAAUUGACAUUGGUCAUGCUCAUGGACACGGGCAUGGACAUGGCCACGGCCACGGACAUGGACACGUACAUGGGGGUUUGGAGCUCGGAAAUGGAGCUAGGCAUGUCGUUGUUUCUCAGGUUCUGGAGCUUGGUAUUGUGUCACACUCGAUCAUCAUCGGUCUAUCCCUUGGAGUAUCUCAGUCUCCUUGCACAAUCCGACCUUUAAUCGCAGCACUAUCCUUCCACCAAUUCUUUGAAGGAUUUGCACUCGGUGGAUGCAUCUCUCAAGCACAAUUCAGGACCAAAUCAGCAACCAUAAUGGCUUGCUUUUUCGCCCUCACAACACCGAUAGGGAUCGGUAUUGGAACUGCAGUGGCGUCCUCGUUCAAUUCUCACAGCGUUGGAGCAUUGGUCACUGAAGGUAUCUUGGACUCUCUCUCGGCUGGAAUUCUUGUCUACAUGGCUUUAGUGGAUCUCAUAGCUGCUGAUUUCUUGAGCACAAAAAUGAGCUGUAACUUUAGGCUUCAAAUUGUAUCGUAUAUGAUGUUGUUCCUUGGAGCUGGACUCAUGUCUUCUCUUGCCAUUUGGGCUUGAUUAGACUGUAAGGUUCCAUAGUUUCUACUAUAGCUACAAACAAUAUGUAUAGAUCUUUCUAGAGUAUAUCAAUCUAAGAUUUCACAAUUGCUCACA